AUGUCAGACGAAGACCACAAUUCCGAUGAGGAAGCCAGACAGAACCUGAGUAAGAAAGAGCUUCAGGAGCUGAAAUGGAAACAGCAGAAGAACAAGAAAAAGAAGGCGUCAAAAAAGCGUGCAAAGCCACUAAGCAGGAAGAGAAGAAGUCCCGCAGGCUGACGAAGAGCCUAGGAAAGAGGUUUGCAGAUUUCGAUUCUUUGAAAAAUCAACAAAAACAUUGCAGGAAAUUGAAGACGAUCUUGAAGUUGAAAUCGAGUAUGUAGGGGAGACUAUUGAAAUCGAGCCGGAUAAUCCAAAUGCAAAGUACUUCUCUGCUAUUUUUGAUGCUUUCAAGGUUAGAAAUCAACAGUAAAAAUAUAAAUUAAAAUUUUUUAAAGAUUUCGACUGAUGCCGCAGACGGAAUCACUUACGGUCAUCAUGUCUCCAGAGGAGAAAAGCAGGAUGAUCUCGGAAAGGUUGGACAAGCGGAACGUAUUCUGCAGGAAGAGAUGGAAGAGCGCGCGAAGGAGAACACAGACGAGAAAUUGUCUCGCCGUAAGCUGCGUAUCUCUCUGCAGCCGAGCAUUGCCAAGCUAAGGAGACGACCAUCCGUGCUGACGUUGUCGAAUGGGCCGAUGUCACUUCUCGCGAUCCGUACCUUCUGGUGGCUCUCAAAGCGUACAGAAACACAGUUCCAGUGCCACGUCACUGGAAUGCCAAGCGCAAGUAUUUGGCAGGCAAACGAGGAUUCGAGAGGCCGCCUUUCGAGUUGCCCGACUUCAUCAAGCGCACUGGAAUUCAGGACAUGCGUGAAGCGCUUCUUGAAAAGGAAGAACAUCAAAGUUUGAAGUCGAAAAUGAGAGAGCGUGCUCGUCCAAAGCUCGGAAAGAUCGAUAUCGACUAUCAGAAGUUGCACGACGCCUUCUUCAAAUGGCAGACUAAGCCUCAGAUGACCAAGAUGGGCGAAUUGUAUUAUGAAGGAAAAGAAAUGGAGGCGAUGAUGAGGGACAAGAAGCCCGGAGAAAUGUCCGACGAGCUCCGCAUCGCCCUCGGAAUGCCAAUCGGCUCGAACGCCUACAAGUUCCCGCCUCCAUGGCUCAUCGCAAUGCAACGUUACGGACCUCCGCCCAGCUUCCCACACAUCAAAAUUCCUGGCCUCAAUGCUCCGAUUCCGGAAGGAUGUGCAUUCGGAUAUCAUGCUGGUGGAUGGGGAAAACCACCCGUUGAUGAGUACGGACAACCGUUGUACGGAGAUGUGUUCGGAUUGGCAGCGCCGGCUUUCGAACCUGAGGAUGAGUCACAAAUCGAGCGUCGCUACUGGGGAGAAAUUGGAUCUGAUGAGAGCAGUGACGAGGAGGACUCGGAAGAGGAGGAUGUUGAAGACGACGAUGAGGAUAUUGGAGUGGGAAGUGGAGUAGCGGACGGAUUCCAGACUCCAGCUCCAGCUGAAGGAAUGGUCACUCCAUCUGGAAUGACCACCGGUAUCACUGGACUCGAGACUCCGGACACUAUUGAGCUGCGCAAGGGCAAGGAGAGUUCUCUCCUCGGCACUGACACUCCGGCGGCUGCUUAUCACAUCAUUCCGGAGAAGAAGAACGAACGAAUCGGAGGGCAGAUGAUGGCAUCGACGCACACGUACGACAUCUCGAAGAAACAAGCGGUGCGUGAUGACGGAGUGCAGAUAUCUCUGGAUCCGGAAUCGAUAGAUAUGGAUGAGCAAGGACUGGCUGCUCGUUACGAGGAGCAGCUGCGAAAGCAGAAGCAUCGCGAUGAUGACGACGACGAUCGAGAGGAUCUGACGGAUAUGGUAGCCAAGCAUGCUGCUAAUCAGAACGUAAGUGAAUAUAAUAAUUUAAAAUGACAAAAAACUGGAACAUUUUCAGAGAAAGCGCAAGGUGCAGGACGAAAAGAAGAACAAGCCGUCGUCGUCUUCAUCGUCGAGCUCAAGCGGCAAAAAACACAAGGACUUCAAAUUCUGA